AUGAUCCCUUAUCCAACCGUUGAAGCGGCGUCCGUGGCGUUAGGACGAAACCUGACCUGGUUCGAGAUGGUUUGGUUCAAUUACUCAGCCACCAAAUCCCAUUUCUAUGUAUAUUGCCACACCAUUUUGCUUCUCUUCCUCGUCUUUUCCCUCGCUCCUUUCCCUCUUGUAGUUAUGGAAUUGACCGGCUGGUUCAAUCAGUAUAAGAUUCAGCCGAAGGUUAAAUAUUCGUUUUCAGACAUGUUCCGAUGUUAUAAAGAUGUCAUGAAGUUGUUCACUCUCGUCGUCGGCACAUUGCAAAUCGUUUCUUAUCCUUCAAUCCAGAUGAUUGGGAUUAGAAGUGGGUUACCAUUGCCAUCUUGUUUGGAGAUGGUAGCACAAAUAGUAGUUUACUUCUUGAUAGAGGAUUACUCUAACUACUGGAUCCAUAGAUUGUUGCAUUGCAAAUGGGGUUAUGAGAAGAUUCAUCGAAUCCAUCACGAGUACACAUCUCCCAUCGGAUAUGCCUCCCCGUAUGCACAUUGGGCCGAGAUCUUGAUCCUUGGGAUUCCGACGUUUCUUGGACCGGUGAUUGCUCCUGGCCACAUUUUAACUUAUUGGUUAUGGAUAGCUUUACGGCAAAUCGAAGCCAUUGAGACUCAUAGCGGAUAUGAUUUCCCAUGGACUCUAACAAAGUACAUUCCAUUUUAUGGUGGAGCUGAGUAUCAUGAUUAUCAUCACCACGUUGGAGGACAAAGCCAAAGCAACUUUGCAUCAGUUUUCACUUACUGCGACUACAUCUAUGGAACUGACAAGGGCUAUCGAAUCUAUAAGAAGCUUCAUCAUCAUCAGAGCAGAUUAAAGAGUAAGCUGACGAGAAGGGAGGAAUGA